AUGGAAGCCCUUGAGUCUCCCGUCGCCUCCUCUGAGUCGGGUACUUUCGGACUUAGUCCUGCCCAUUCACACCUCAACCAGUCACGCAAGCGCAAGUUCUCCCAAGCCGUCGAUCCGCCUGCUCGAGAAUACGGCCUUAUGCGAGACACGGGCCGGCAUGACACCUCAAGGUUCGUUGGCAGUGCCAGUGGCAUCCACUUCAUCCGGGGCGUUUACCUCCGCCUCUCACGCAAAUCCGCCUCCAGAGCCGGUAGCGCUGCAGGCAUUAACCAUCUUGUACCAGGAGAGGACGAUCAGCUCCAACCAGGCAGGACAUCUCGUGACGGAGGCCAGCAAUGUCUUUGGAAAGACCAUGAAGUCGCUGUCGAAACGGAAUCCACAGAGUCAUGGCCGAGCUUCGAGCUCCUCGUCACCUGGUCCAGAAGCUACUUCCAAGCAUGGCAUCCCACCCUGCCGUUCCUUAGUGCGCCUGAAGUCCUGGCCCUUUUCGAGAGAGUGAGCAACAGUGGCAUAUCGUCCGUCAGUCAUCUCGAGCAAUCUAUACUUCGUUCCGUCUUCUCUAUAUCACUGGCAGACAGCAGACAGUCGACUCCCUUCAGUGAGCCACUUCCGCCGUCGCUUGUCUUCAACACGAUUGAGGAAGCCAUGUCAGCGUCCCAGUUUGCCCUCUACCAGCCAGCCUCACUGCACGCGACACAAGCAGCACUCAGCAUCCAAUUGUUCCUCAUGUCCAUGCUCCGACUCAAUGCGGCUUCCCGCCUCGGUGGCUUGAUUGAAGCGCACAUUCGACGCCGUGUUUUCUGGUCGAUAUACUGCAACGAACGCUUUCUCUCCCAGUCUCUGGGUCUCCCACUCGAUAUCAAGGAUGAUGACGUCGAUGUUUGCUAUCCGGGGGAGGAAAUACACUCGACAUACGUAGAAGCCGAAGACAACCGGCUGCAGCUCCUGACAUAUUUGGCAAAGCAUGCACGAAUACGAGGUCUCAUUCUUGAGUUGCGAAACAAGUCAAUUUCCAGCCGCGACGACACUCCAACGCAUGAAAGCUAUGUCCAAGCAGAAAUGGCCCGCUGGUCAAACGAGAUUCAUGACGCACUUGAAGAUGAAGACAGCGAUGGCGAGCAGACCGGCGCCAUAUGGAUCAGUUCUUUUAUCCUGAUCUACGCGGCGUCUGAACGGCAACUGCCAUUAUCAAGCGCAUUGCGACAUGUCGAAGCAGGAAAAGAUAUGCUCCGCCAUAUUGCUGCUCGAGAAACAGCUUGGCCGGCAUACUGUUUGUCUGCAAUUGACGAGUUGACUGCGGCUGUGCGAGAAGUGACCAUUCCUAACUUCAUGCCGGGCAAUGUCCCGCCGGGUGCACGCCACUCAACCUCGCAACAACAGUCUCGAGGGCAGGGCAACUCCACAGGUCGAAGCCGCCGUUCUGAUUCGACAUCUGUCACUCGUCCGGCUUCUGCCCAUCCUCGUCGAAAUACGGGCUUCUCGCCCACACUGGCUACUUCUUCCGGCAUACCUGAUGAUCCAUCCACUGGUGCAACAAACACGCGUGAGAACGGAGGUGACAAUCUGUUCCUUCCAGAGAGGAAUCGCGACAGCAGGCCACUGAGGAAUGAUCACAACGAGCCAGUUCAGUGGCAACAGCCAGCCGGCUCGACCACGUCUCCUCGGAACCCAGACGCGUGGCAGAUGCGAGCUCCUCAGCAGGAGCCCGGCGGGCCAAGUCGCGCAACGAUGUCCGGUUUUGGCGGGCAGCAAAUGUCCGCAACCGUAGCAGGUGGACCUUUUGCACUCUCACAGCAGGAAUUGCUGCCCGGGGAAGGGCAAGAGUCGAUGGUCUGGUAUGAUCAGCUGUUCGCCAACUCGCUCGGCGCUAUUGACUAUCCAUACAUGGCGGCGGCGCAGUUUGACUCCUCUAUUGACCCAACCUGGUCAUACUUACGGUAG